AUGAGGACGGAGGACGACGACGCCGACACUGACGACGAUGACUGCGAGAAGCCCGACCUAUCUUUGUUGAGUCUGCCCAACGCCGAUAGCGUGCACUUUGGUGUCAAGCCCAGGACUUCCCCUUUUGGACAGAUUAACCCGUUUAUUGCUGACAGGACGAGCAGGAUCUUCCGCCGCAGUCCCACAGCAGUCCCACACGUGUGA